GAGAUGCUGAGCAUCGAGGAAAUCACAAAGCUUAGUCAAAAAGCAAGGGACACGCGCGCUGCUCCUCUAGACAAAAGAAAAGCAAACGCAACAUGAAAAUGCAGAGAAUCUUUUAGGCAGCUUUUUAGCAAGCAACGCCAUUCAUGAAUUCCAUUACCUCAAAGAUUGUCCAAACAAUUCAUAAUUGAACUUGCUGUUUCGUACCUCCUUACAUGGUCUGUGUUCGAUUUGGUUGCCAAAAAGGUUCAAUCGAAACAAGCCGUUUUGCUUCGGGAUGGAUAGUACGUCACCAAAACUGCAGGUCAUGAUCAUGAAGCCUGUGUUUCUGAAGGCCGGAGUGCCCCUAGUUCUAUCCAUGGCGGGUUUCAUUUGUGCUAGGAUCAUGUGGAGAAGAAGCAGCAGCGCGCAAUCUAAAGCUUCUUCGUCGCAAGACCAGGUGAAUGUUAAAGACUCCGACAGUGAAGAUGGUGGACAUGAUGAGCAUGAGAGCUCUCGCAGCUUGAAUUUCACGUGUACAGACUCGAUAGAAGACGAAGAGCAAUUCGUGGCGAAUCCACGAUCUUUGAUAGGAAGCUCCUCCCGAGUUUGGGAUCAAUUGACUCGCAAUUGCGAAGGAGAAGAGAUCUUAGCCCUGAGAAGCACGGUUAGGGACCUUCAGGAGAGAGAGCUGAAGCUGGAGAUGCAGUUUCUCCGGUACUCCAAUUUGAAGGAGCGAGAAUCAGUCUUGAUGGAUAUGGGACACGCGUUGCAAUUGGGGAUGUCUCGGCUCGAGCUUUUGGACAGGGAGGUUUUGCACAUGGAAGAAGAGAACGACCGGAUGGCCAAUAUGGCCGCCGAGUAUUUCAAGGUCAUGGAGGAGCUUCACUAUUGGAAGUCUCAGAAUGGGAGGCUUCAUAGGAAGGUGAAGAAGCUCCUUAGGAAAGUGAAACAGCAGUAUAGGGUCUUGCGACAGAAUGAUCUGAGGAUCGAAGAGAGAGAGGGGGAAAUUUUGAAGAUCCAGAGAGCUCUCGAAUCGAAGACGAACGAUGUCAAGAGAAUGGAGGAUGAGAUUGAUGGCCUAAGGGCCAUGUUGGCUCGAUCGGAGCGGGACAAAAAUGAGCUUCUGAUUGAACUGAGUUCAGCAAAAACUUCAGUUCCGCCGCUCUCCAAGAGCAAAGCGGAAGCAACAUCGACGGAAGAUUGCAGUUGCCUGUUGAAGGAAAUAGAGCACCUCCGGACGGACCGGGCGGCGGAAGAGAAGGAACUGAUUCACCUGAGAUGGAGCAACGCUUGCCUGAGGCAUGAAUUGACGAAGAACGACCAUGUCCAUGAGCAGAACAUGGUGAAGGGCCAUUCUUCUGAAUUGGCCCUCACAGUUUCGACUGAUAUUGAAGACUGCAACUACGAGAAUGGACUGAAAAGGUCGAAUUCCGCAAACGGCGGGUACUCCUCUUACGCAGGAACUGGCAAUCAUGUCCACUCAAAAAAGGCAAAGAUACUGCACAAGCUCAAGAAAUGGGUGGAGGGGAAUGACAAGACGAAUGCGAAACAAGCCGAGAAAGCGAAGCAAGAGGUCGGAUGCUUUGUGAGGCAUUCAGUUUCGGAUGAUGUAGAGGAGGAGCACAUGGCCGGGGCAAGAAGAUCGUGUUCCGGCACAUAAAUAUGGCUGCGACCGAAGCGAGCAGUGCCGAUCAUUAGUCGGUAACCCAAUUUGCUAACACCAAACCAUGAUACUGAUUGUAUAAGCUCGUUCACCGGUGUUUCGCUUGAAUCGUCUGGAACUUAAUAGCUAAUAACGGUCCGGUAUUAUCUCGCUGAUCUCGCAGCACCUGCUCUGAUCCAUGUGUUGUUCAUGAAAAAGUAUUUAAUUAAUUAAAUUGAUUAAUUGCAUCA